AUGCAGGAAGUCGACAGAGACUGCGAACUCGAUGAUCGCGAGCCUGAACCGCGCUAUAUUCCUGAACUGUCCAACGCCAUUGAGAGAUUCCUAGACGCUCCCUACGGAUCCCAGCUCGUCCUCCGAUUCUUCGCAGGUAUACUCAGUCAACGCGAAGCCGAUGAGUACUGCCUUGUGUACACGCCCACCCCUCAGCGAUACGACGAUGUGUGCGCCACGAUACCGGAACUCGUGGACCGGGAGGCACCGCAGUUUCAAACUAGGCAAUCCGUAAGACGAGUCCUGCCUGGUAUCUUCUACCGAGGACAGUAUUCGCACGUUAUGGAUGAGUACAUUCAUCAGACGGACUUGAUGUCGGGAGAAGUACUUUGGGACAAAAGUGAAGGAUAUACGACCGUAACUCGCGGUGUCAAGUGGCUUGUCGAGUGCGCACUGAUACGACUACCGGAUGGAGUUGCUUAUUACGCCGGGGCGAGGACGGCGCUUCAGCAACUUCUUACGCCUCAACCAAAAUACAACGAUAGUCAUGACUACCGGGGAGAGGAGGAGUACUGCCAAACUAUGACAGCCAUCCAACCCGCGCUCCGUCUUUUCACCAUGUGGUCCCGUUGCGACGAAGCAUCUAUAGCAAGCCUGCUCGAUAUCGUAAUGGACAUCACACUCAACGUAGUCGCAAUCUGGGAAAGAAACCCAUGUUUCUAUCCAUCGUAUGCGACCUAUCUCGGCGGCUUUGUACAGGCACGCGCCCGCUUCAAAGACAUAGUUCAAGCAACUCCAUCACUUCGCGGAGAUCAAAUCAAGGCGCUCCCUUACCAUACGAGAGUCGCAUUGAAAGAAAUCAAGUUCAGGGAUAUCUGGGAUGAUCUGUGGCUUGAGGCUUUUGCCUUGAGCAUAGAAAAGCCCAUUGUAGACCGCAUGUACCAAGGAAUGAUAAACCAGUUUGCCAGGGCCUCGAUCCAGUCGAAAUCGCAGACUGUGAAUAUGAGGGCUCUGCUAAGAGGGCUGUGGAGGGAUGGAGGCCUACAAUUCCGAACAUGGAAAGAGAUACCCGAAGCCGCUUCUUCGCUGUCAGCAGAUGGCAUUAGAAAGGGCGAGUUCGGAGGCGUUCCACGAAAUAUGGCUCAGGCGCAAACUAUUGGCAACGACUCCUACGAAAGCGAGGAGAUACACGCGUUUUGGUUCGCAAAGCCACACGGGCCAGUAGCUGCAUCGGCUGGAGCGUCAUCAGCAGAAAACGCACAGAGCGCGCAAAGCGACAACGGACAAAACACUGCCGACGACACCGAAGAUGAAAACAACCUCGACACGAACACCCUACGCAACGUCUACGGCAAGGCUUAUUUAGAGGCAUACGGACCUUGCAUACAGCCAUUAGAGCAUGCAAAAUGGGAUCUAGACAUCCCUCAAGACCAGCUCUGCGUUGUGUGUCUUGAGCCUCACGGCCUAUUGGGUGUCAAAAUAAGCGCUUGUGAUCACUACCUCCACUUCGCUUGCAUCAAGAAAUGGAUGAAUGGCUCUUCCCCGAACUCCAAUCUCUGUCCGGAAUGCCGAGCUCAAAUUUGUAACGAACGCAAGAAGGUACGGAUGACGGGAUGGAUGGCUGAUUCUGAAGACGACUCUGAGGAUGAAGAGGAUGACUUUGGGGAUGACGAGUAUGAGGAAAGUGAUUAUUAUGAUGAUGAAGAUGAAGACGAGUCAAUGCAGGAUUCUCAACCAGCAUGA